CUGACUCGCCUCCUUCAUCUUUUUUCAAUGAAACCUUCAUUUUUCACGUUGCUUUGCAGCAGUUAUUACUUAUUAGAGAGAAAAUGGGGGUGCGUGAAUUCAAUGUAUAAUGGAGAAGAAAGCCGACGGAAGCGAAUUCAAGCUUCUCCUCUCGUGCCCCUCCGGCAUCUCUCCUUCUCAGAUGUCUGUGGCUUUCGAUCAAUUGUACGAUAGGGUUCCGCAUCGAGAUCCUCUACUGGAAGGUUCCAUUUCCGAGGUAUGGGAGAAAAGAGUUCAACAAAGCCCAUCAUUGUUCAAUGGUCUAAAGUUUAGGUAUGGAGGAUACACUUUCAAUUCUAUCACCGAAUCUCCACAAGAGCCUCAUGUUUGCCUUCAUCUUGGUCUCACGGAUUAUAGGACAUUUGUGGGUACCAACUUGAGUCCUUUGUGGGAAAAGUUUCUUGUUCAGUCUGAAGAUGAUCGCUCGCAGUGUCAGCAUACAUCAAAUCCUCUUGGCAAUGGAGCAAUUGUUGAGACUUCUGACAAAAAGAUACUUGUGCUUCGAAGAAGUAAUAACGUGGGAGAAUUUCCUGGAUAUUUUGUUUUCCCUGGCGGCCACCCAGAGCCCAAUGCAGUUGGAUUGACAUGCCAUAAGAGUGAUACAGACCCGAAUCACUGCGAGAUUAUUAACAGAAAAGCUUCUCAAGAAAUGUUUGAUAGCAUUUCCCGUGAAGUUGUGGAAGAAACUGGCGUUCCUGCAGCUAAUCUUUCCACCCCCAUCUUUAUAGGCAUAUCACAAAGGGUGUUGAAUGUUCGACCAACUGCCUUUUUCUUCAUAAAAUGCAAUCUUCUGGCUAAGGAAAUUCAGGACAUGUAUUCCUGUGCAGAAGACAGUUUUGAAUCAACCCAACUUCAGGCUGUUUCAAUGAGUGAAUUGGAGAGCUUAGCGAGCAAAAUGCCAGGGUGCCACAGGGGAGGACUUGAGCUGUACAAACUGAUGCACAAGCCAUGACAGAACCCAGGUAUGUAGGCCUGGGUUUUAUUGUGCGAGAUUAUGAAGGCCGAUUCGUAGCUGCUAAAAAUAUUAAAUGUAGAGGGAGUUUUGGUCCACGUGAAGCAGAAGCCAUCGCAGUUAAGGAAGCACUUAGUUGGAUUAAAAGUANCCUUGUGGAAACAGACUGAGACCUUAAUUUUUGUUUUACUCCUCGCUCCGGAAACGAGGCAGCGCAUUUGUUAGCGCGUAG